AGCCGUCAGCGGAAGUUUGCUUUAUGCUUCCUGGCGGGAACGCGGUGUAUUGAGAAGCUGCUCUUGGGAAAGGUUGUUGUCUCUAAACUGUAUUUAUCUCCUGUCUUAAAACCUACUGGAGGAAUCAUGCAGGCUUUUCUCAAAGGAGCAAAUUUUCCGACAAGCAAACCUCAGAAGGAGAAGUCAACAGCUGGACCGAGUGCAGAGAAAAAAACCAAAGCCAUUCCCUGGGUAGAAAAAUACAGACCCAAAUCUGUGGAUGAGGUGGCCUUCCAGGAUGAAGUUGUAGCCGUGCUGAAGAAGUCACUCAAAGGAGCAGAUCUUCCAAAUCUGCUCUUCUACGGCCCUCCUGGAACAGGAAAGACCUCCACUAUCUUAGCUGCUGCCAGAGAGCUUUAUGGACCAGAGUUGUUCCGGCAGAGGGUGCUGGAGUUGAACGCUUCGGAUGAACGAGGCAUUCAGGUCAUCAGAGAGAAGGUCAAGAACUUUGCUCAGCUGACGGUGGCUGGGACUCGUCCAGAUGGGAAGAUGUGUCCCCCUUUUAAGAUCAUCAUACUGGAUGAGGCUGACUCCAUGACGGCUCCAGCACAAGCUGCUCUCAGACGAACGAUGGAGAAGGAAUCUCGCACCACGCGCUUCUGUCUCAUCUGUAACUACAUCAGCAGGAUCAUUGAGCCUCUCACUUCAAGAUGUUCUAAGUUUCGUUUCAAACCUCUGGCCAAUCAGAUCCAAGAAGAACGUCUGCUAGAAAUAUGCGAAAAAGAGAAGCUCAAAUACUCUAACGAGAGCAUUGCGGCGCUGGUGCAGCUCUCUCAGGGGGACCUGAGAAAAGCCAUCACAAUCCUGCAGAGUGCAGCCCGUCUCAACACUCACAAGGAAAUCACUGAGCAAGCUAUCGUUGAGAUAGCAGGGGUUGUUCCUUCCACGAUGAUUGAUAAUUUGCUCCAAAUCUGCUUCAAAGGGACAUUUGAGAAGCUAGAAGUUGCAGUAAGGAACCUGGUGAAUGAAGGUUAUGCAGCAACACAGAUCCUGAGUCAGCUUCAUAGCUGUGUCUUGGAAAAAGACAUCCCUGACAUGCAAAAGUCAGCCAUUGCAGAAAAGAUGGCGGUUACGGGAAAGUGCCUUGCUGACGGUGCAGACGAGUACCUGCAGAUACUAAGUUUGUGUUCAGUGAUCAUGCAGCAGGCUUCCCAAAGUUAAAUCUCUGCUGAGGAGCCUCCUGUUACAGAUUGAGAUCUUUCCUCUUGUCCAGAACAGUUUGAAACUGGAGCCAGAAUAACCAGAUUCUGAUGGUUGUCCCCCUUUGCUAUACAAUGUUCAGUUUUAGAAGAUGGAACAUAUGUAACUCUUUGCCAGGAUAUUGUUGUAAUAUUAUGGAGAAUAAAUAUUUUCUUUUUAAGAAGUGAAAAGUUCUCUUCAUACCAGGGUGAGGGGGAUUUUCACAUGGGUACAAUUUAUUCUUGUAAUAGCUCACCACUAAGGUGGAAACUUGGACCAGCAUAGAAAGUUUAUAUUUUAAAUAGGUUUUGUUUUAGUCACUUAUAUGUGCAGCAGAGUAGGGGAGUAUCCCUCAUAUAUGAACUUGUUGCCAUCAAUAUAACUUCAAAGACUUCAAUGGAUAUAACUUCAGAGACGUAGACCAAGAACCAUUUAAAUGUAUACUAAGGUAUCACACCACUAUAUUUACAUGAAUGCCAAAGGCAAAAAGAAAACAAAAUUUUCUGAAAAGUGCUUUAAACCAGUCAUAUUUGCCUUAACCCUUGCUAGGUAAGCAGAAUAAAGCAUUACCCUCGCUGUAUGCAGUUAGCCAAGCCUUGUAGCCAAAUAAAUCUAUAAACCUGACAAGCAGCUCAACUUUCGAAAGGAUGACUGUGACGUCAGUAGUGUUAAUUUUAGCAGCCAUUUUUAAAUUUAGUUUCAGUUUUAGUCCAGUUUCAGCAUCGCUUGUUAGUUUUUAUCACAUUUAGUCGACAUCAUCCCAUUUUUAUUUAGUCUAGUUUUAGUCGACUAUAAGUCAGAGCUUUUUAGUCUUUAUUUUAGUCCAAGAAAACAUAAUUGUAUUCGUUUAGUUUUAGUCAACAAA